GAUUGGGAAUCAAGGCGAUCGGAUCGGCGCAGUGUUAUCAUCAUGGGGAGAGGGAAGAUCGUAAUAAGGCGGAUCGACGACUCCACAAGCAGGCAAGUGACCUUCUCCAAGAGAAGGAAUGGCUUGAUUAAGAAAGCCAAGGAGCUCUCCAUCCUCUGCGACGCUGAAGUUGGUCUCCUCGUUUUCUCCUGCACCAACAAGCUCUACGACUUUGCCAGCACCAGUAUGAAGUCUGUUAUUGAUCGAUACAACAAGCAGAAAGAAGGUCAAAGUCAACCGUUGAAUCCUGCUUCAGAAGCCAAGUUUUGGCAAAGGGAAGCAGCAAAGCUCAGGAGGGAACUGCAGUCCUUACAAGAGUAUCACAGGAAACUAAUGGGAGAAGAGCUGUCAGGGUUGAGUGCCAGUGAUUUGCAAAACUUGGAAAACCAGCUAGAGAUGAGCCUCAAGGGAAUUCGCACGAAGAAGGUACAACUUACAACUUAA